CAGAGUUCUGACUCCACAGAGCUGCUCGCACCAUGUGGAGGACGCUCAUCUCCUCCAGAGGGACUAAGGAGCCGGUGCUGCAGAUCCUCUUCCGUGUGCUGGAAUUCUGGCCAGCGCACAGGACACGCACCUCUGAUGGGGAUGAGAGCGAUGUCUUUGCCCUGGCUGCAACUGUGGCACUCUGGGAGAUCCUCCAGCUGCCCUGGUGCCCAGGGGGAGUGAAGAACAAUCUCCCCCGCCUCCUUCUGACUCUGCUCUUCCAAGUUUUCAUCAGCACAGAGGAGAUGUCAGAGGAGGUCGAGACCUUCUGGGGGCGAUGCCGGGAGCAGCGCAGCCUUCCCCCCAACCCCAACAGGUUUGCAGUGCAGACUGUGAAAGCCCUGCUGCGCCAGCUGCUGGAUGAGGACAUGUUGAUGGUGAUCCAUCGCAAGUGUGGCUGGGACAUGCUCCUCAAGGCUGACACCCACCACUAUGCAGUGGGUCUGCUGGCCAGGGAGCUGUGCCGUGUCUCCCGCUCCUUCUGCUGCAGCAUCGCCAUCAGCCUGCUCCCGCGGCUCAGCAGGGAAGAACCCCUCCGCCUGGGACGGUGCCUGCACCCUGUGCUGCUGCCUGGGCCCAGCCCUGGGCGGGUCCAGGCUCCUACCAGCCGGGCACCCCGUCACUGCUCCCUGCCUUUCAGGUGCUGCACUGCCUGA